AUGUCGUCGGACUCCGGUGUCAACGCAGCGUUGCUGAACCUCUGCGCUCAGCUGCAGGGCGGUGACGCCAGGCCCGUGGCCAAUGAGGGCCCCUCCGCCCCGAAUCACGCCGAAGUAUCUGGAGAAACGGCAGAGCAGGCCAGCCCGAGCGCUGCUGCGUGUGCUACAGCACUCGCUGCAACCCCCGCUGCAGCUGCUCAGGGCCCGGCGAGACCCGCCUCCGACUACGAGUGGCUUCGCAACGCCCUCGUCUCGGUCGAGUCACCCGAGAAGCGGGUCAAGCAGCUUCUUGUCCACAUGGAGAACCAAACCACAGAAGGGAAGCCAGGGCCCUUGGUGCAGGAAGAGCGACUGGAAGCAUUGGCGGAACUGGCUGACAUGGUCGAGGAUGUCAACUGGGCCGCGGAGUUUGCACUCAUGCAAGGGCCGAAGCGCCUUCUUGACGUGAUGCGGCGUGAACGCGCUGCGCACCCUCUCCUUGCGACCGGAAGCCGAGACGCUUCCGCCAGCGUGGAGGCCGCCGACACCACCGGCACAGGGGAUAGAGAGGCACAGACUGCUACUCACGAUGGUAUCUCUUCAUCAGCGGUGCCGCUCUUCACAGAACUUGCGAUGAUCGUUGCCCACUCAGCACAGCUGAACGCACCAGUGCAAGCCGCGUACGAAGCCGCUCAUUGGGAGGACAUCAUUCUCCCCUUCAUGGGUGACUGUAUCGCAGCGGUUCAGCAUCUCCUGCACCUUGGGAGUGACGGCCAGGUGGGCAGCGCACACGGCGACAGCACCGAAGCGGCGACUGUAGCUGCAGGAGCUGCGUCUCUGAUGCGCCUGCUCGGCGCGCUGCUGCAUGCGUGCAGCUGCCUAUGCCGCGAUUGCUCACCAAACACCGUUUCAUUUUUCCAGGCCAGCGGUUUGGCGGUUAUUGUGGAGGCACUGAGACUCACACGAGCACUGCCAGAGUCCAUUGUGGUGGGCACAGCAGAGGAUGGACGGACACCGGCGGUUGUCACCAGCAUUGCCAACGACGCAGCAUCUGAUCAGGAAGUGGACGACAUCUAUGCCCCGCUGCUUGGCACGACGCAUAAAGUGACGGCGCGGGCCCUCUUCUUUGUUGCCUACUUGGCCUCCACCAGCGUCUCCAGCGAGGAAAUUAUACAGCUCACAUGCCGGCACGCGGAGUCGCGUAACAGCGGUGAGAGAGUCCAAAAGUCGGCAGCGCGUGCCCUCACCGCGCUGGUGGAAAAGAGUCCAAAGGCCAUCAAGGAAGCCGUGCACACCCUCAUGCCCCAUCGACUUCACGAGUGGCGGACACAAGUGCGGCGCGCCGUGGGCGACAGGGAGACGCAGGAUGAGCGCCUGCACUUCCUGGAUGCACUCGAUCGGAUCAGCUGA